AUGCCAGGCGUCGACGUCACCUACGUUUUAUUCACCAUAGUUUCCUCUUUGAUCCUCCUAUGCGAUAUACCGUUUAUUAUGCUCAUUUUCUGGAAUCGGCAUUUAAGAAGUCACAAGGAGCUAGUGAUAAUUGGGUUCAUGUGCAUCGCGGAUGCGUCUCAUGCUUUGGCUACGCUAAAUUCCGGUUCCGUACGGUUGUGGCUGUCGGUUCAUGAUUUAGACGAUAUCCAAAUCCUCAAUACCGAAUGUAUACGCUACGUUUUCCCGGUCAUAUUCCUGUAUUCGUACCAGUUAAUGGGCGCCUCAACUAUGGCCGUAUCAAUCGAUAGAUGUAUCGCCGUGAUGAAACUGGGACUCUAUCGUGGGCUGACGAAUCAAUUUUCCUUUGUUACAAUAGCAGUAAUAUCUUGCUAUGUAAUUUCGUUGUCCUCGAUUUUUAUCUAUAUAAUCCAAACCGGGACGCCGACUAUAAGUCCGUGGAUCUGGCGCUAUAUGCUGUAUUUCCGGAUGAGUACACUUGUGCUGAGCAGCCUACUAUACUUGCCGAUUACGGCCAGGAUUAUACAGAUGGCCAGAAGCCUACAGCGCGGGCAACCGAGUGAAAUUUACACAAAGCAAAUUAUUCGCACGACAAGAACGAUAGGGCUUACUGUAGCAGCCGAGUUCCUGUGCGUAGUGCUGCCGGAUGUUUUCCUGACUUUUAACCCGUUCGGGCUGGCCAGCUGGCAAGUGGUGUGGUAUAUUUGUGGGGUUAGUAAAGGAGUCGUUAAUGUCCUUCUUGUCACCUCCCGACACGAAGAAAUCGUCAAAGUUUUGCAACAAAAAUUCAGAAGUUUAACUGGGCAGGCGUCCACAGGAACAGCCGUCACCUCCAUGAACUAUCGAUCAAAGAAC